AUGGAAGGGAAGAAUCCAGUGAGGUUUACGUUAGGAAAGCAAUCGUCGCUCGCACCAGAUAGAGACCGAGAAGAAUCUGAUCUUGAUAUGGAAGGAAUUGAGCCAGGAGUGAGGCUAAUGUAUUUAGCUAAUGAAGGAAAUUUGGAAGGGAUAAAAGAGUUGUUGAAUUCUGGUGUUGAUGUUAAUUUUCGCGAUAUUGAUGACCGUACUGCUCUUCAUAUUGCUGCUUGUCAAGGCCAUACUCAAGUGGUCGCGCUUUUGCUCGAUAACCGGGCCGAAAUUGACCCCAAAGAUCGUUGGGGUAGCACUCCUCUUGCAGAUGCUAUAUAUUACAAACACCAUGAUGUGAUUAAACUUUUGGAGAAGCAUGGUGCAAAGCCUCUGAUGACUCCUAUGCACGUUAAGCAUGAACGUGAGGUCCCGGAAUAUGAAAUCAAUCCUGACGAACUGGAUUUUACUAACAGUGUGGAAUUAACUAAGGGAACCUUUUGCAUAGCAUCAUGGCGAGGAAUUCAGGUUGCUGUUAAAAAGCUUGGUGAGGAAGUGCUUUCAGACGAAGAUAAAGUGAGAGCAUUCAGAGAUGAACUUGCAUUGCUUCAGAAAAUACGGCAUCCAAAUGUGGUCCAGUUUCUGGGUGCUGUUACUCAAAGUAGUCCAAUGAUGAUUGUGACAGAAUAUUUACCUAAGGGAGAUCUUUGUGCGUUCUUGAAAAGAAAAGGAGCAUUAAAACCAAUAGCAGCAGUGAGACUUGCACUUGAUAUUGCAAGGGGAAUGAAUUACUUGCAUGAGAAUAAGCCAGCACCAAUAAUUCACCGUGAUCUUGAGCCUUCGUAUGUUUCUUGUUCAACUUAUACUGCACCUUUUUAUGUUGCUUAUGAGCAAGAUAACAGAAAUAUAUUGCGGGAUGAUUCUGGGCAUCUGAAAGUCGCAGACUUCGGAAUUAGCAAGUUGCUUACAGUUAAAGAAGACAAACCUCUAAAUAGUCAAGAAAGUUCCUGGCGGUAUGUGGCUCCAGAGGUUAUCAAAAAUGAAGAAUAUGACACUAAAGUGGAUGUUUUUUCCUUCGCAUUAAUUCUACAGGAGAUGAUUGAAGGCUGCCCACCAUUUUCUGCUAAGCAAGAACAUGAGGUUCGUACAGCCUAUGCGGCAAAAGAGCGUCCGCCUUUUAGAGCUCCAGCAAAGUCUUAUGCACAUGGACUUAAAGAGUUGAUUGAGGAGUGCUGGCAUGAGAAUCCAGCUAAGCGACCGACUUUCAGACAAAUACUAACAAGACUGGAUGCCAUUCAUAGCAGCAUUGGUCAUAAGAGGCGUUGGAAGGUUAGACCACUGAAAUGCUUUCAGAAUCUGGAGGCAAUGUUGAAGAAAGAUCGUAGUCUAAGCAGCCACAGUUCACGUUCUGCCAGCAGUAUAUGA